UGAGUUGGCGCCUUCUGGUUGACCGCGCACCACAAACUGCCUGUUCAUUUAUUUGUUCUCUGUUUUCUGAAUCAGUGGCUUUGGCUGGAGUAGCGUGGGGAAGAAUGAAAAAUGUGCUGUUGAUCUCCAGGGAGUGAGCGCCGCGCGUAAAACGUCUUGGAGUUGAUAUUUAGCAUGGCUCUGGAGAGCGCGUCGCUCCUGAAGGCAGGGCUUGUGUUGUUGUUGGCUGCUCAAGUCCUGCCAUCAGUGUCUGUCUGCAACGGGGGUUUCUAUGAAAGGAUGAUCAAUGAUCUCUGCUUAGCGAAGUUCAAAUUCGACAUGGGAGGACUGGACCGAGGCCUGUGGUGCAGCUGGCCAGAUACCACAGAGAUCUAUGAGGGACUAACAAACUGCACCUUCCAGGUAGCCUUGAGGAUGGAGUGCUUCUGGCCUAAUCAGAUAGUUGACCACUUCUUCAUGCAAAUUCACCGGACAUAUUUCCACAACUGCGCACUGACCGGCCGGCUCCUCCAUGACCCACCGAUUGGUAUCCUCGCCCCAUUCAUAGCAGUGCCAGUAUUGGUCACCCUGCUCAUGACUGCUCUAGUGGUGUGGAGGAGUAAGCGCACACAGGGAGUGCUAUAAGGA